ACUUGCUGGUUAGGUGGGUAGAAUGUAGAGCGCUCUUUCCUGCGGAGUUACCAAUAAAUCAAAAAUCCUUUCCCUCACAGCGCUUUCUGUUUUUGUUGAACAGCAGAAAUCCCCCCACAGCCACAGCCAAGCUGAGAAACCCUUCUUCUUCACUUCAGUCGGCAUUUCUGUGUCGAAAAUCAACUCUCUCUCUCUCUCUCUCUCUCUCUCUCUCUCUCUACAUUGCGAUUGGGGAUUUCAAAGAUGAUGACGAUCAGAUCAAUCCGUCCCAAUCGAUGGCCAAUGUCGUCGAUGAUCCUGAGCAAUUUGUAUUCUUCUAACUCGUCUUCGGCCGCUGCAGUUCAAGCGGAGCGAACCAUCAGAGAAGGACCCAGGAACGACUGGACGAGGCAAGAGAUCAAGUCCAUCUACGACUCCCCUGUUCUCGACCUCCUCUUUCACGGGGCCCAAGUACAUAGAUAUGCUCACAACUUUAGGGAAGUUCAACAGUGUACUCUUCUAUCUAUAAAGACGGGCGGAUGCAGUGAAGAUUGUUCAUAUUGCCCUCAAUCCUCCAGGUAUGACACUGGAGUGAAAUCCCAAAAGCUUAUGAACAAGGACGUGGUUAUUCAGGCAGCACAAAAGGCAAAGGAAGCUGGUAGCACUCGUUUCUGUAUGGGUGCUGCAUGGAGAGAGACUGUAGGAAGGAAGACCAACUUCAACCAGAUUCUUGAAUAUGUGAAAGAAAUAAGGGAAAUGGGGAUGGAGGUUUGUUGUACCUUGGGAAUGCUAGAGAAACAGCAAGCUUUGGAAUUGAAGGCAGCUGGCCUGACAGCUUAUAACCAUAAUCUUGAUACCUCAAGAGAGUAUUACCCUAAAAUCAUAACAACAAGAUCAUAUGAUGAACGCUUGGAAACCCUUACGCACGUUCGCGAAGCUGGGAUCAAUGUCUGCUCAGGAGGGAUAAUAGGACUUGGAGAAGCAGAGGAAGACCGAGUUGGUUUGCUGCAUACGCUUGCGACACUCCCUACUCAUCCAGAGAGUGUUCCCAUCAAUGCACUGCUUGCAGUUAAAGGCACACCUCUUGAAGAUCAAAAGCCAGUUGAGAUAUGGGAGAUGGUUCGGAUGAUAGGCACGGCCCGCAUCAUUAUGCCAAAAGCAAUGGUUAGGCUGUCAGCCGGAAGAGUACGGUUCUCCAUGCCGGAGCAGGCUUUGUGCUUUCUGGCCGGAGCAAAUUCCAUCUUCACUGGUGAGAAGUUAUUGACAACUCCCAACAAUGAUUUUGAUGCUGAUCAACUCAUGUUCAAGGUGCUCGGACUCAUCCCAAAAGCUCCCAGUUUUUCAGACGAUGAAGCGAAGGAUUUAGAAGCAGAAAAUUGUGAAGAAGCUGUGUCCAGUUCAGGUUGAGAAUUCAAUGAUUGGAAUCGGAUUACAGUUUCUAUGGUGGUUGUAUCAUGGGAAUUAUAUGUUCGUUCGGUCAUAUUAUAACAAAACUAAGCUGGAACAUCGUUGUCUGCUGCUUUUUUUAUGCCUGGAGAACUGGAACAUUGUUGAAACGUAACAUUACAAGGGUUGUAGGCCCGAAAACCGUUGAAGCUAAUUCAUGCUAGUUUAGAUGUGGAUCCA